UUUCGACAGUGACCUAUUCUAAGCAUAACUGGGUGAAGAGGAAAAGCCGUCGCCCGGAGGUCCUGAACACCUAGUAAUGGGAGAUCGCACCACAUGGAUCACAAACGACUCCAUCAUUAGACCAGUGGGGUUUUACAUCGUCGGAUUAACCAAUUUAAAGUUUGCUUAUUUAUAUUUUUUCUUCCUUGCAGUCGUAUAUAUUGUGACGGCUUUGUCCAACUCCAUUAUCAUUUCCAUUAUAUUUAUAGAUUAUCGCCUGCACACUCCAAAGUACAUUGCGGUGGCUAACCUGGCGAUCGUCGACUUGGUGCUCAGUACAAGCAUUAUUCCUAGUAUGAUCCAGAUGUUUCUUGCGAAAGAUAACUUUAUGUCUUACACCGUAUGCUUGACACAGAUGUUUUUCUACUACUGCUUUUUCUCAUUAGAGUCAUUUUCCCUCAGUGUACUUGCCUAUGACAGGUUAAUUGCAAUAUGUUUCCCACUGAGAAAGAGCUCUAUCAACACAAAUACCGUCAUGACCACUAUUUUAGUCACGGUUUGGUCAUUUUGCAUAAGUGUUACUCUGUUCUCAGUCACAAUCCAAACCAGGCUGUCUUUCUGUAAUUCGGUCAAUGUACAGAGCUACUUCUGUGACUACGCCCCUGUGUACGAACUAUCUUGCAAUGAUAAUAGCUUGCAGUGGGCCACUGCCUCUUCUCUGAGUUUAAUAUUUCUGUUUGGGCCCCUUAGUUUAAUCGUUGUGUCAUACACCUGUAUUUUGACAGCCGUGUUUAGAAUGAAAAGCGUGGAGAGCAGGUACAAAGCACUCGCAACCUGCACAGAACAUCUCGUUCUCGUGGCGAUUUUCUAUGUGCCGAUCAUGACAUUGUUUAACAUUAAACUUUUCUUUGCAGUUUUCCAAAUCGAUCCGGGUGUCGCUGUGAUGAGCUUAUCAUUAGCCUCAUGCAUCCCUCCCUGUCUGAACCCCAUUGUGUAUUCCCUGACAACCAAAGAAAUCAAGAACAGAAUACUGGCUAUGCUCCAGAAAGUAAAGGUAGCAUCGUGGGCAGGGCAGGCGUAGACCCAAAGGCUGCAGUAAAAUUACAUUUUUCAAAUGAAUAAUAUACCUUUAUCUUUAGGCCUUGGUGCUUGGCCACAAUUGCGCAUGUCGAUGUGAUGUCAAUGUAGUUCAAUUGUAUCUUCUUGGAAACAUAUUAUCUCCCCCACCACCACCAUAACCACCACAACAACCACAAGCAGAUACACAUUAAUCCUGUUUGAAAGCUCAAGUGAUGCAUUGGCAGCAGCUGUACCUUAAUGUCUAUGUGUGUCAAUUUAUCUUAUGUUUUCUGUGGUGUUCUUGAGUAAUACUAUAAUGUACCAUCAUCAUUGAGACAUUGUUCUGAACUCACCUACCUGGUUAAAUAAAGGAAAUUCCUAGA